AUGGUUCAACCCAGUGACCUUUGGCUAAUUCUCCCCCACUUGAACUCUGUGACGGGGAGGGGCUAUGGCUAUGUGGGAGGCAGGUCCACUGUUUCCGGCAUUUGCCCGGGGAGAGGCGAAAGCAACGAAGUCGGGAAGGCUUGGGUCUCUGCGGAGCCGCGACAGCGGCGGGCCUUCGACCGGGGCAACUGGCACCCGUUCUGGCUCUUGGGCCGUUUGGCGGUGCGUGUGCGAGCGAGUGCGUGGUCGCCGAAGCGAUCGACCGCGUUAGACCUGGGCGAGCGCUUGCUUCGGGCCUUCGACACGCCAACUGGGAUGCCCAGGUCCCGAGUAAACUUGGCAAAAGGGAUCCCGAAGGGUUCUUCUGCGACAGUGACCAUUGCCGAGGCAGGAUCAUUCUUGCUGGAGUUUGGCAUGCUAUCGCAUCUCACCGGAGAAGAUCGUUUUUACCGAGCCGCCAAGCGAUCUCUUCUGGCUUUUUGGGGCCGACGGAACCUGUUGGACUUGGUGGGCACAUCAAUCGAUGUGAACACGGGCAAUUUCGUGGAUCAGCAAAGCACGACCGGUCCUGGGCAAGACUCGUUUUUCGAGUAUCUGCUCAAGGGCUACAUCCUCUUCCAUGAUUUCGAGCUGUUGGAGAUCUUCUUGAGUGCCUAUGCUUCAGUUGAAUUUUAUCACAGUUUCGAGGGGUUCACCUACAACGUGGACAUGAACAAAGGGCUCAUGGCAAAUACUCAUCUGUCGCCUUUGGCUUGCGUGUGGGCGUCUUUGCAAGUGCUGGUGGGAGACGUGGCCAGUGGUUUGCGAUCGGUGUUGUACUGGUACGGCCUGUGGAAGAAGCACGAGGCCUUGCCUGAGGUUUUUGACACCAGAGCAGAGAGCCCGACCCAAGCCAGGGACUCUCCACUUCGACCAGAGCUGAUCGAAGCAAUUUUCUACCUGUCGCUUGCUCUGCCCGGUGAUUCCAUGAUUUUUGACAUGGCAAAGAAUAUCGCCACAGCCAUCAACGACCAGAGCCGAGUCGACUGCGGCUUUGCUUCCGUGGCAGAUGUAACGACAAAGAGGCUCGAUGACAGAAUGGAUUCCUUCUUUUUGUCCGAGACUCUGGUGUAUUUGUACUUAUCCCUGGCGCCGCCAGAAGAUCUGGCCAAUGCAAUGCCGUGGCCUGUCGGCGCCAGCGUUUUCACAACGGAAGGCCACCUCUUCCCGAUUUUUCCAAAGGCUGCAGAUUCCCGCCUUUCAGCAACCACAACAGCUCGGAGCCAGGACCUUUAUCCAGCAUCCGCUUUGGAUUCUCCACAGCCGACUUGCGAGGCUUUGACACCCUUCGAACGAGUCGCAGUUCAGCAGCGCUGCCGAACGAAGUAUUUGCUGACUCCGAGCUACCAGAUGCAGAUGAAUGCCGAAGCUUCACGGCGGUGUCGUUCACAAGCGGUCCAACUGCUGGUGUGGUCUGCCGGUGAUUUCGCCAAGCCAGUGAUGCAUGUUUCCGGCUUGGCUUCCUCACUUGGGCGUCCUGUGCCGGUUUUGCCGUUGCUACAUGCACAACUCCAGGUGACGGCCACGGUCACCAGCCGCCUUUGCAGCACACUUUGGCAUUGCUUAGAUUGGACUUGGAGCAGAGUCCAGGGAGAAUGCCGUAUUUCAGCAGCUCGCCUUUCCGAUUUGAGCCGCUGCGACGUUUGUUCGCAACGCGGGAGAUCGUCGCGGCCAGCCCGCUAA